AUGACAAUCUAUGGUAUCGGCACGGACAUACUUCGAGCCAAUCGAAUACGAUUGCUAAUGGAACGAAGAGGGCCACUGCGGGUCGCGAAGAGGUUUCUCACCGAGCAAGAGUUCGUGGCAUUCCAGCGCUUGAAACACCCGUUUCCUCCAAGAAUGCAGUCAUGGGAGGAGGACACACGAUAUAUGUGGUUAGCCGUGCGAUUCUCGGUGAAAGAAGCAGUGUUCAAAGCCGCUUUUCCUCGCCUGAAGCUAACGUGGAAGGAUGUUGACCUCAAGAAGAAGUGGGGCAAACCAUACGUUCGAAUCCUUGAUCCACUGAAGAAACAUUUGAUUGGGAACAUACAUGUCAGCAUAACACACGACGGCGACUAUGUCAGCACGUUUUGUGUGAUUGAAAGACCGAAAUGGACAGAAGAUGGGGAGGAAACUGAGUGGGACGACCAACUUGCGAUUCGUGGCAAACAUUUGUCACCAGAACAAAAACCCGUGUCUUUCAGAGAUGCUGUUUGGGGAGAUGAAAAGGAUGAUGCCAGAGGAGGAGGUUCGGGACAACCGGUAUGA